UCCCAGAGAGGUCAGGGGAGGCAGUCUGGGGGAUUGUCUCAAAGAAAGUACGUGCCCAGGAGGCCCCUGGUCCAAAGCAACCUGUCUGUCUGUGGGGAGAAUGACGUGGACCAGUUACUAGACCUCCUUUCUACUCUCAACGAAGACAGGCCUCCCUACUUAAGUGUCUCUGAUGAUGUGCUGGACAGGCACACAUCUGAGCCUGUCUUGAGACCGAGAAACCUGAGCCGCAACACUGACUUAACAGAAAGUUGUCCCACUUGGAGUGCCAAGCUUGGGAAGUUGUCCCAUCAGGGAAGUGAGGAGAAAAGGUCAGAGGCCAAUUUUACUGACAGGGAUAUCAUUGUUCCUAUUAGAUUACAAGGUGGUGCUUCWUUGACCUCUGGUCAUCCUUAUGGCUCAAUUGCGGGUCGAGGUGAUGGUGGCAACUGUGUCAAUUGGCUUGGGAAAUGGGGCAGGGGACGUCAACAGCCAGUGGAGAGAGAAUGUGUCUCUUUUGUCCAAAAAUGCAACAGCGGUUCACUAGGUUCUACCUUUCCRGGAGAUGCUCCUUUCUACCCUGAAGUCCCCGACUUGCUAGACAGGCGUCAGGGGGAACAUGUAAAGCCUGCCUGUCCGAAGCAGAAUGAAAAUGUGUCAACAUUUCAGGAUCUACUAGAGUCCUCCUGGACAUCUGCGAGCUUGCAUAGGUCAAUGUUGGACCUGGAGAUCGGCUUAUCAUUUGUGGAUCUAGGCCUACUACCCCAGGCACUGAGUACCUCUGGAGACUUGGCCUUAUCUCCUGUGAAUCUUGAAUCUCCUUUAGAUAACGAAUCUCAUGGCCCUAGGCCCUCUAUCUCUUGCAGUGCAAAAAUGUCAUGCUCCAUCAUCCACUGUCACAAAGGGGGCAGAACGUGUUCUACCGGCAAGGAUGGUUCCUCAACAAGUCCAUAUAAGGCCAACAGGGAAACCGAGUUCUCUGAACUCCAUCUUCAUAGCAAAAUCGCAAAGAAUGCUGGAAAACGAUCAACAAACAUCCAUUCUCCUAGUGUAUCAGUGAAGGCACACAUUGAACCAUGGAGGAAAGCUGAAAGAAAGGCAGAAAAGAAGAUGGAUGUUUUUGCCUCAGCCAUGCGUGGCUCAGAUUUCCCAAGUAAUAUGUGCUUUUUACCUGCAAGCCUCUCUCAGUAUAGCUUCAGCGGUAGACAAAACAGCACAGAGGUGGCGUACCCUGAGCAUAAUACAAGAUGGUCCAAUGAAAUCUCAGGUCAAGCUAAGUCAGAUUCCGUGGACACUGUGCAUAGUUUUUACCCUACUUUAAAAGGGGUGGAGGAUUUGUUUGAGGUGCCGAGAGUCACAACAAGUAAUCCAGCUGUGUCACAUUCUCUCUUCUGGGAAGAAAGACUUGCAAUCACUGAGAAUUUGGGUCAAAUGACCCUCUCGGAUAGAGAGAGGGCAGCUCACCUGAAGCGAAGCACUCCGAAUGCGCCAAGCCAAGACAACKGAGAGGGCCUCUCUCUGCGCCUCCAUAGCCAUAGCAGGAUAACUCCUGGGUCAACUACUCCUGAAAGGCAAUGUCAGAUCGACCCAUUAGUUACAACACACACAGGCACAUUGCAUACGUUGACAGGAGGCGCCAGUGGUGAAUUUCUUGGUGAAAGAGAGCUGUCUGCAGUUCAUCAGUCCUUGCCUAUGCCUAUUGACGCAGUAGAGAUUCAUAGCUCCAGUCUUGUGGAGACAAUAGAGGACAGCAGGUGGCUGGCACUCUACAGAUUCAGACUGCAGUUGCGCUGCUUCAGGACAUGGGACCAUCAGUGGAGGUCACACACACGGGCCAGACUCCAGCACCGGAGACACUUACUGAGGACCGGCCUCUCUGCCCUGAGGUGGGCUGUGGUGACCCGACGUGCCCAGACAGACACCCUUGCCAGGAGGACGGAUGCCCUGACCCUCGCCCACUGUUUCCAUCGGUGGAGGAGGUGUGUGGGACAGAUGCAUUGUCUCAACGUGAGCCCUGGCUCUGUGCGGGGUGACAUUGGGGUAGUGUGCCUGCUGAGGAGACUGACCCAGCCCAGCCACACCCUGGUCCUGAGGACGGCCUACUGUGCCUGGAGGAGCCACAUCCAGGYCAUGCAGCUCGGCAGGGCAUCGCUCAUACACUACCAUCUGACUCUGCUGUGUAAGCACUGGCUGGUGUGGAGGCAGGCUGGUGUGAGGCUGCAGGCGUGGGCGCUGCAAGCCCAGAGGGCAGCCCUCCACUGGGACCACAGGCAGCAGAGUCGGGCCUACGCCUUGUGGAGAGCUGCCUGGGUCACAGCCCGUCUGGCCACAAAACAGCACAGGGCCUCCUGCCUGGCUGCAGUCUGGAGCGUGUGGGCGGCCCGGGCCACACAGAGGGAGGAGGAGCGAUCUGCUAGGGCCAAUCAGAGUGCUGGCUUCCACAGGAGGAGCCUACUGCAGCACAGCCUUCUGCUGUGGCUAGAGAGAGCAGAGCAGAGAAGACGACAGAGGGAUAGGCUGKAACGCAUCGUCAGGUCAUAA